GGGCGGUUAAUGUGAUCCCUGGGGCUGGAACAGUUGGGUAAGGUGACCCUUUGCUGAGAAGUAGUCAUAAGUGGAGAAGUAGUCCUUCCUAGGAUAUACCCAGGAGCGCCAGCCUAGAGGGUGCAACCCUUAGAGGAGCAGCAUGAAGACCCUCACUCAGAAGACGAGGAAUAAUCCCCCCAUGGGAUGUGGUGAGGAGUCACGGGUGCCCGAGACAGCGUCGGACACAGGCUCCCCCAGCUGCCUUCACGUGUCUGCACAAGAGUGUGAGCAUCUAUGUGGGUGGAAACCACUGCUCAGGGGCAUCUAUCCCAGCGCUGAGCGUAGUGCUUUGCCUGGUGUAAACAUAAGAGAAAAAUAAAAUCCCCAGGGCACUUCCAGGUGCCUCCAGAAUCUAGAACAGAGAGCUCUGCUCUCAGAUGCCUCUCGGCAAGGCCUGUGCACAAACUGGCAAAACUCUGCUGCCCUCUGUCUUCGAAACGAAAACCUGUUCUCUGGGCUCCAACACUGGAAAACGAAACUUAAGAGGACAGCGACGCAUUUCAGGCUGAGAAACCGAAACUGAUGUGGUUUUUGCUUUUUUUUUUCUUUCUUCCUUCCCCUCUUGCCGCUUGCUUGCCGAGUACAACCGAGCUCCCCACUAGGCAUGGCUUCCCCGCCUCAAGGGAAGCAAACGGUGUCAGACGUCCGGACAUGGGAGCAGACAUUUCAAGAACUGAUGCAGCAGGAGAAACCUCGGGCCAGGUGGACUCUGAAGCUGGAUGGGAAACUCGAGCCAGAUUGCCUUGCAGAAGGGUGGAAGCAGUACCAGCAAAAAGGAUUUGGCAGGUUUCAGUGUUCCUCAUGCCAGCGAAGUUGGGCUUCUGCUCAAGUGCUUAUCUUAUGUCACAUGUACCUGGAGCACCAGAAGUCCCAGGGCCAGGUGAUUAUGCGGCUUUUUGCUCAGAGGUGCAAGAAGUGUUCCUGGUCUCGAUUUGAGGAUCCUGAGUUCUCCCCAGAGAGUACCAUGAGGAUUCUGAAAAAUGUGGUGCGGCGUAUUCUGGAGAAAUUCUACGGGAAUGGCUUUAGGAAGUUUCCAGAGCUACCCAUCAUCAAGGAGGUGCCUUUGGAUGGGUCCCAUGACACAAUCAAUUGUGAAGCAUGUACUCUGGGCUACUGUUUACUGAGGUCACGAAACAACACAACAGAGCCAUCAAUACCGCCAUUCUCCUGUACAGAUAAUAGGAGUUCCUCUUGUCACAUCGGUGACGUGUCCAGCCAAAACCAGGAGUGUGGGAAUUACUAUGGCUCUAAGGGGUCAGGGCCCAGCCAUACCACUACUGAGACCCAAGCACCUGGGGCAGGCACUCAGCCCAAAGGGGAGACUAGCAGACCACCCACCCCAAUGGCAGACAGGCAGACCACCCAGGGUGAUUCACAAACCACACAGGGAAAUUCACAAUUCACACAAGGGACAGCACAGUGGCAGACCACCCCAAUGGCAGACAGGCAGACCACACAGGGUGAUUCACAAGCCACACAGGUCCCCUGGAGGACAUACUCUGAGGUUCUAAAGAUGGCCCGCCAACAGUCUGCACAGCAGUCAUGCUCACAAGCCACAUGGAGGACAGACCCAAAGACCACGUCAGGGGCAAUCCUAAGGUUUACAUCAAGGUCACACACUCAGACUAUACACAGAACAGCCCCCUCUACCCUAGGGUCAAACCUAAAGCUCACACAGAGGACAGCCAGGUUUGUGACCAUCAGGGGAGCUCAAGCUGUCUGGGAAAGUUCAUCCGGAUUUUCUGUUCCAAACACCUGUCCCAUACAUUCUCGUUCAGUGCGACAAGAGGUUUUCUCUGACCCGGAUGUGUUUUUCUACUUCUGUGUUAUCUGUAUUAUUUUUUUCUUUACCUUUGCAAGCAAAUACUUGGAAGCAGAAAGAUCAAAAUAAGCUUGUCUUCUUUUCUUUUGUCUUAAUUACAUGGUAAGCAAUAAAUUGGUUGCCAUCUUGAUAUGACAUAGAAUGUGCUUUGAGACCAAGCAGGGUCAGGUUUGCUUGGUAUUAAAUGUUCUGUAACUAGAAUAAACACUAGUUUACUAGUUUCCUAGAUCUCCUUAGUGGAUAGUCUAAAGCAUAACCUAGCAAAUAAUUGACUUAAUAAUAAAUAUUUGUUGAAUAACUAAAAGCUCUUCAUUCAUUCAUGUACUCCUUCAUUUCUAUUAUCUAUCAUCUAUCUAUCUAUCUAUCUAUCUAUCUAUCUAUCUAUCUAUGAUAUCUUGACAUAUGUUCACAAGAACUGAGGGUCAUGAAUGAUAUCAGGAAGUUAUUGUGGUAGGUAAAAUAAUGGCCACCCCAAGAUAUCCAUGUUCUAAUUCCCAGAACCUGUGCAUAUGUUAUUUUACAUGGCAAAAAGGACUUUGUAGAUGUGAUUAAUGUAAGGAUCUUGAGAUGAGGAGCCUAUCCUGCUUUAUCUGGAUAGACCCAAUGUAAUCACAAUAGUCCUUAUAGGAGGGAGGCAAGAGUGUCAAAGUGGGCAAAAGGAAAUUUAAUGACGACAGCAGAGUUUGGAGUGAUGGGCUUGGAAGAUGGAGGAAGUGGCCAUGAGUCAAGGAACGCAGACACCUCUUAGAAGCUCAUAAAGACAAAGAAAUAGAUUUUCCUCCAGAGCCUUUGGAAGAAACUAGCUCUGCUGACACAUGACCUCAGCCCAGUGAGACUGCUUUUAAAACUUUGGACUUCCAGAACUGUAAGAUAAUAAAUUUGUGUUGUUUUAAGGCA